GGGUGGAAGAGAAGAUGCUUAUGGCCCGAGACACGGCGCGGGAUGAGGCUCAAAAGCUUCACAGGAAGUGGCUGAAGCACCAGGCCUUUAUGGCGGAACUGGCCCGCAAUAAGGAAUGGCUCGCCAAGAUAGAACAGGAGGGUCAGGAACUGAUCCAGGAGAAGCCCGAGCUCCGUUCGGUGGUCCAGCAGAAGCUGGUGGAGAUCAGAGAGUGCUGGUCCGACCUGGAGAGCACCACCAAGGCCAAGGCUCGCCAGCUCUUUGAAAACAACAAGCCUGAGCCGGCGGUGAAGAGCUACUCGGACCUGGACAACCAGCUCUCCCACCUGGAGCAGCAGCCCCCCCAGCUGGAGCAGGCUCACCAUCUGCCCACCUUCAAUGAGCAGCUCCAGAAAUUCCAGGCUAUGGAGUCUCAGAUAGGGGACUAUUACAAGGAUGUGGGAGAGCUGGGCAGCGUGCAGGGUGUCUGCCUGCCCCAGCGAGGCCUGAUGGCAGGCGACAGGGAGGCCGGCGAGCAGUCAGGCGUCGUGGAGACUCGCAUCGUCCGCCUCAUCGAGCCGCUGAAGGAGAGACGCCGCAUCCUGCUGGCCUCCAAAGAGAUGCAUCAAGUCGCCCAAGACCUGGAGGAUGAGAUACUGUGGAUCCAGGAGAGGCUUCCCGUGGCCUCCUGUAAGGAUUAUGGGAAUAACCUCCAGAGUGUACAGCAGCAUGUAAAGAAGAACCAGACCCUUCAGAGGGAGCUGACAGGGCGGCGGGCUCGUGUGGAGGAGGUUCUGGACCGGGCGGGGAUCAUCGCUUCGCUGAGGACCCCUGAGGUGGAAUGUGUGCGUGAAGGGGCGGGGCAUGUGCGCCAGCUUUGGGAGGUUUUGCAGCUGGAGGCCGAGAGGAGGUGUGUGAUGCUGGACGCCAUGCUGCUGUCUCAGCAGUACUACAGCGACGCGGCUAUAGUGGAGACCUGGCUGUCAGGUCAGAAGCUCCAACUGGUCAAUGAAGAAAAAGGAACGGACGAGGCGAGCACCCUGCAGCUGCUGAAGGGCCACCUGGCUCUGGAGCAAACGGUGGAAAAUUAUGCAGAGACAGUAGGCAUGCUCACCCAGCAAUGCCAGCUUCUUAUGGAAAUGGGACACCCAGAAAGUGAGCAGCUCACCAAGCAGCAGUCGCACAUAGACCGGCUGUACGUGUCUCUGAAGGACAUGGUGGAGCACAGGAAGAACAAGCUGGAGCAGCAGUACUGGCUCUAUCAGCUCAACAAGGACGUGGAGGAGCUGGAGAAGUGGAUCACUGAGCGAGAGACCGUGGCCAGUUCCACCGAGCUGGGCCACGACCUGGAGGACGUCACGGUGCUUCAGGAGAGAUUCACCAAGUUUGCCACAGAAACCAACAGCAUCGGGCAGCAGCGCAUGGAGCAUGUCAACAAAAUGGUGAACGAGAUGAUCGACUGCGGCCACUCGGACGCGGCCACCAUCGCCGAGUGGAAGGACGGGCUGAACGAGUCGUGGGCCGACCUGCUGGAGCUGAUGGAGACCCGCAGGCAAAUGCUGCUCGCCUCGCACCAGCUGCACAAGUUCUUCACCGACUGCAAAGAGGUCUUGGCUCAGAUCGCAGGGAAGAUGAAGCAGCUGCCAGAGGUGAGGGCGUGCCAAGCCAACAUCACCAAUCCAGCCACCCUGCAGAGGCUCAUGCACUCCUUUGAGCAUGCCCUUCAACUGCUGGUUGCACAGGUGAGGCAGCUGCAGGAGAACGCGGCCCAGCUGAGGACCAUCUACGCUGGGGAAAAGGCGGAGGCCAUCAUGGUCAAAGAGCAGGAAGUGAUGGAGGCCUGGAAGGAGCUGCUGAGCUCCUGUGAGGCCAGCCGUGUGCAGGUCACCUCAGUCACAGACAAGGUGCAGUUCUUCUCCGUGGUGCGUGAAAACCUCAUGUGGAUGGAAGGCAUCAUGGGCCAGAUUAUAUGGGAUGAGCCCAGAGAUCUGACGGCUCUCGAGGUGAUGAUGAGACAACAUCAGGAGCUGAAAGCCAAAGUAGACGGCCGCAGCAAGACCAUACAGCAGUGUGCAGAUCUGGGCAAGAUCCUCAUAGCUGCAGGCAACCCUGCAUCAGAGGAGAUACAAGAGAAGCUGGACAGUCUUCUGGCUAAGCAGAGGGAUCUUAUUGAAAAAUGGGACAAACACCAGGAGAAGUUACUGCGCAGGCAGGAACAUUUCCAGUUCGCCCAGGAGACGGUGAAGGCAGAAGCCUGGCUGAAGGCCAAGGAGCCGCUGAUCACCUCCAAGGAGCCAGAGGGAGGAGGAGCCCGGACCCAAACAGACGAGGUUGAGCAACUCAUCCUUCGCCACGAGGCCUUCCGCAAGGCUGCUGUCACCUGGAAAGAACGCUUCAGCUCUCUCCGCCAGCUUUCCGCAGCUGAGAAGAAAAAAGAGGAGGAGAAAAAGGCAACCCCGCUCUCCAGCCGAAGGAUGUUCCCAAUAUCAUGUCUGACUCCCAGUGUUCCCUCAAUCAGUGCUACCUCAUCUUUCUUGAGGCAGACGGUACAGGUUCAUGUAGAACCCAAACCCUUACAGACCAGUCUGGAUCUGGGAGCCUCCCCUGCGACACAGAGAUUGUCCUCAACCCUAGCUAGUUACAAGCCAGUUAUAAAUGGAUCAGGCUACCAUGGACUGGAACAGCAGGGCAGUGGGAAGUUGGCAAGCUCCUCAUACCUUGGAAUGAACCACCAGGUGCCGGGAGGUGGAAGUGAAUCCGCUUUCACAGCACUGACUUCCCAGAAUCCUGGAGCAGAUACUUACCUUGGGAUAAACCAUCUACCAACUGCUGGCAAUGCGGAAAGCUCUGGAUACUACGGACUGACUACUGGGUGUGUCGGUGGUACGCCAAACCAUCUAGGCAGCGGGAGGUUGGGAAAUUCAGGUAACAUAGCUCAGCAGCCAAGCAGUGGGGGUAUGGGAAGCCCUGGCUAUCUGCCUCAACAGAAUAUGGGCAGUUCUGGAUAUUUGGCUCAAUCACCAAAUAUGGGAAGUUCUGGAUACUUGGGACAUCAGCCUAAUCUAGGGAGUACAGGAUAUUUGGCACAACAGCCUAAUUUAGGAAGUACGGGAUAUUUGGCACAACAGCCUAAUUUAGGAAGUACGGGAUAUUUGGCGCAGCAGCCUAAUAUGGGUAGUUCUGGGUAUUUGGCACAACCGCCUAAUUUGGGGAGCACUGGGUAUUUGGCACAACAGCCUAACAUGGGGAGUUCUGGGUAUUUAGCACAACAGCCUAAUAUGGUGAGUUCUGGAUACUUAGCGCAGAAUUACCAGAGCAGUGGGGGAUUGGGUAGCUCAGGCUUUCUGGCACAAAAUAAUUACAGCAGUGGAAGUCUGGGCAGUUCUAGUUACCUGGCGCAAAGUGGUGGCAUCAUGGACCCUAAAAUGGCAUAUGCAUGGCAGCAUCUGAAAGCUGACUUCAUGCAGCCCAGGAUCAACCACAUCCACAAGGCUGUAAACCCCCUCCUAGAGGCCAGCAGGGUGCAGCGGGAACAGUUUGGGGACAUCCCAAUGGCCGACAUGGUGGGGCCAGAGUCGGGGCUGGAGCUCCUCCACGGCCGCCUCCAGAGGGAUCCCCGUGGCAGCCGCUCGGAUCCUCAGAUGGACCACCUGAGGCGAGAGAGGGAGUACAAGUUGGGUAGACAGACCUCCAGCGAACAAGAGAUCCAGGCUAGGCUGAACGAGCUGCCGCUGAUUGUGCGUCAGGAGCGCUACCGGAGGCGCCUGGAGAGGCAGUCGUCCAGCGAGCAGGAGGGCAACGGCAAGCAGAGGCUCCAGAGGCAGGACUCGAGUGACCUGGAGGGCUCUGUUAAGGACGGUUCUGACAAACGCUCAGGGGAUAAGAGAAAUACCAUGGCAGAGAUUGUUGAACAAGUCCAGGAGAGAGAGGCAGCAUCUGUGAGUAAGCUUGCACGGUACAUCAAAACACUGUUGCUCCAACCGGUGACUCGUUUUGAUGGACGUCCUCGGGCCCGAGACCGCCCCAAACCGAGGAGGAGGCCUCGUCCCAAAGAGCCUGAGGAGACACGGCGUUCUCGCUCAGCUCCAGCUACUGGGGCCCCAACCACACCUCAGCCGCCUUCACACACUGCCCAAAACGAAGGCUUCCUCUACCGCAAAAAGGCCACAUCAUCUGACCUUGAAGCUCAGCAGAGAAGCCCAAACAGCAAAUCCUGGCUGAACGUGUACUGUGUGUUGAAAGAGGGACAGCUGCUUUUCUACAAGGAUGCUAGGCACCUGACUACGACAUACAACGAGGAGCCUCCUGUGGAGCUGGCUAACUGCACCUUUGAUCCUUCUAUGGGAUACAAGAAGAAGAAAAAUGUCUUCAUUCUUCAAAUGGCUGAUGGUAACAACUUUGCAUUCCAUGCAAAAGAUGAGGAGGACAUGAAGGCUUGGACUUCAAGCAUCACCAUCUGUAUAUCUGAAUACGAGGAACUGGGCAAGUGGGACAAGCCGGGAACCUCGUCCAUGGAACCCGACCACUCGGAGAGGAAGGAGAAGUCGGAGGGGGAUGCCGACGCCAGGUCAGAGAGGUCGGAGCUGGCCGAGGGGGAGGAGAGGUCUGAGAAGGAGAGGUCAGAGAAAGGGGACGGCUCUGAGAAGUUAGACACGUCAGAAAUCGCCGACAAAAUGGAGGGAGGGGCAGGGGGCUCCAGCACUUCUGGAAAGAGCAAAUGAGGAGCCCCUUUAUGUUUUAACAUUAUUCACUGACGAGAUGCGUGGGAGGCGGUGGGUGUGAGGGAUGGAUGGAGAGCAUGUGCAGCUAGGUUUGCUGAUCCUCAGUCACAGAGCGGAACACACCGGGUCCUUGGACUGACUAUUUUUACUGUGACAGACUAAUCUCUCAGCCCCUCCCCUUCACCCAGGCAAUACAUCAGUGCUUGCAUUGUGCCACCUGCUGGUAGAUAGCAGGUCGGCCCAGACAGACAGACAGACUUCAACAAGUGGUCCCAAGUAUAAGUCACUGUCACGUCCCAUCGUUGAUCGUUUAAUCUCUCGGAUUCACAGCAUCUUUCUGUAUGUAUCUUUGACUGAUAAUGUAAUGCUCUGUCUAGCUAGACAAACCCCGAGAAGUGGUGAAUGAUAUGUUUCACAAUAUCAAAAAAGAAAAACAAGUUUUUUGAAGCAAUAUACUUUUUUUUAAAAGGGAAAAGGAAACAAGAAAUAAUUGCAAAUGUGAACUCCAUGAUUUGUCACAUAAACGUAAGCUUACCCCAUGCAGUUGUGCACCUUAGACACUUGACACAUCUGUAUACUAAUCAUAAAGACAUUUAAUCCCAUCACAUUGCUAGCUUUGAAUCAUGUUAAUAUAAUGGAAUGCUGGUGUUACCCACCUGACUUCAUUGGUGUCAAUUAAUACACAGUUCUACCGUUUAUUUUCAG